AUGAAUCUAUACAGGCCAAAAAUUAUAGAAGAAGCAAAAUGCCCAUGCUGCGAAGUAGAAGAUGAGACUUUAAUUCAUGCCCUCUGGACCUGCCCAGCUGCCCAGGAUGUUUGGGGAAGCAAAAUGUCUCUUUUCCAGAAGGGCUAUGUCUCAGGGGUGUCUUUCAAGGAGGUGUUUGAAGACGGAAUUCAACGUUACAGCAAGGAAAUUCUGGAGCUGUUGGUAGUUGUGGCCCAUGGAAUAUGGUUCAGGAGAAAUAAUCUAGUUUUUGAAGGAGCCUUUUCCCACCCAGAUGAUGUCUUUUCAGCUGCUAUUAACUUCAUUCGGGAAUAUAAGGAGAGCUUGGUAAAGGGCAAGCCAUUGGUGCAAUCUGAAAUGAAUCCUGGUGUUAGAAGAGACACAGCAACGUGGAGUCCUCCCUCGUAUGGCUUCAUAAAAAUUAACUGGGACACGGCUAUUAAUAAAACAAAGGGAUGGAUUGGUAUGGGUAUCAUUGCCAGGGACUAUUUGGGAAAUUGCUUGGGAACCCGGAGUCUUACAAAAAUUUUACAGGCAGAUGCAAAGACUGCUGAAUCUUUAGCAGCGUUGGAGGCUAUUCAGUUUGCUAAAGAAGCUGGUUUUUUAGUGGCUAUUUUUGAAGGAGAUGCAGCCAAUGUUAUUGAAGAGUUAAAUUCAGAUCCUCCUUAUUUGUUGCGUGCAGGCCAUAUUCUCGAAAGUAUUCAUGUUGAGCGGCAAAGUUUACAUACAUGUAGUUUCAAUUUUGUUUUUCGUGAGUCCAAUUAUGCAGCACAUUGUUUUGCUAAAGAGGCUGCUAGUAUUAUGUGUGAUUUGUGUUUGCUGGAGGAUACUCCUACUAGUAUCUCCAGUAUUGUUCUUAGGGAAGCUAUUUCUCCCUAG